AUGGCACCCAAGAGGACUAGAGAGGACCCUGAUGCCAAGGAGCAAAAAUCGUUGCUGUCUUCGGCAGCGGAGAUUUCAUUUCCUAGAGGAGGUGCUUCAGUAUUGACUCCUAUUGAAAUGAAGGAAGUUGCCAACCAAGCAAAGAGUGAUGUGCUUUUUGAAAGUCAGGCCAAGAGUGAUUUAUCUGAGCCUUCCAAAAAGAAGGCCAAAAAAUCUAAGAAGUCCAAGGUCAGCCUUUUAAACAAGGACGAAGAGAACGAGGAAGAAAAAGCGAAAAAGAUCACAAUUGAUACGUUAUCGUAUAAUAUACUAAAUCCUGGAUCUUACGUCUUAGGUAUGAUCAAGCAGAUUAAUAAAAUGGAGAUAAUCAUGGCCUUGGCUGAUAACCUAGUUGGUUUUGUUCCAAUCACUAAUAUUUCUUCUGAAUUAGUCAAACUUUUGCAUGAAUAUGACGAUCAAGAAGAAUCCGACAGCGAUAGCGACAAUGAAGAGUCAUCUUCUAGGGAAACUGAGAGACAAUUUCCUAGCUUGUCCAACAGGUUCAAGGUUGGUCAGUACCUAAGAGCAAAAGUGGUCUCCAAUAUCAAUGACAAAGGGAAAAAGAGAAUUGAGCUCUCAAUUGAACCUGAAAAAGUUAACUCACCAAUGGAGGAAAAGGAAGAUUUGGUUGAAAAUGCCAUAGUUCAAGCUUCUGUGACGUCGAUAGAAGAUCACGGUGCCAUUCUCAACUUUGGAAAGAAUACCCACCUAUCAGGUUUUAUAUCUAAGAAGGAAUUGGACUCAACUGCUUCCGUUGUUCAAGCUGGUUCGGUUCUUCUUGUUUCCAUUUCAAAAAUAAAUUCCAGAACUGCUACUUGUAAGUUUCCGGUUGCAGUGGUCAAGAAGCAGCCAAUUGUUGCGGCAGUUUCUUCGAUUGAUGCACUUUUGCCUGGUAUGCUUGUUGAUGCUAUCAUUGAAGGAGUCUUGCCUCAGGGAUUAACAUGUAAAGUGCACUCUCUUUGUGAUGCCACUAUAACUUUACAACAUAUGAACUCUUUGCUUAGCCCUGAUGAAAUAAAGCACAAUUACUCUGUCGGAUCCGUCCUAAAGGCUAGAAUCAUUGCAACAUAUACUAAGAAUGGUACUACUAAACUUGCAAUUUCUAUCUUGCCUAAUCAUCAAACCUUAACAUAUACAGGAAAGGACGCUUUAGAAGCAUUCCCGAUUGGGCAUAUCUUUGAUACCGUUACAAUCAGGGGGAAGAGCCCUAACUUUUUGUUUGUUGACGUGAUGUCUGGUGAAAUUCCAGCUCAGGUCCAUAAUUCAAGGGUAACAAAGGGUAAAGACUUGGAUCUAAACUACAAAAUUGGCUCUACACAUCAGGCCAGGGUUUUAGAUUACUCCAUGUUUGACAAUUACUAUAUCUUAACCAUGGAUAAAGAGCAAAUUGACGCUUCCUUCCUUAAAGCAACUGAAAUUCCAGUGGGUCAAAAAGUCACUUGCAAGGUUGAAAAGGUUUCCCCAGAAGGCAUUAUUGUUAACCUUGAAAACAACUUCCAGGCUACUGUUCCAGAUAUCCAUAUCAGUGAUAUCAAAUUAGUUUACCCUGAAAGAAAGUUCAAGAUUGGAGCCUCUGUUAAAGGUAGAGUAUUGAAUGUUAGAGCAUAUGGCUCGAAAUCUUUUAUUACUGUUACUUUGAAGAGGUCAUUAGUAAAUGCAGACGAUGAAGAAAUUGUGACAUCUUAUGAUAUGUUAGAUAUAGGUAAGAAGGUACCUGCCACAGUUCAAAAAAUCUUGCCAAGUGGUUGUGUUGUUUCUUUCUUUGGUAAUGUUUCAGCAUUCUUGCCGAACGCUGAAAUUAGUGAAACGUAUGUCAGAAACGCCAAUGAUUUCGUCAAGGUUGGACAAACAGUGAAAGUCAGAGUUAUUUCUGUUGAUAAAGCUCUGAGUAAAUGCAUGGUUAGUUUAAGAGUUUCUAGUGAUAUGACAGAUGAACAGGUAAAUGCUUUAUCAAAGCUUGUUCCUGGUAAGUCUAUUGUGAAUGCAGAAGUUCUUGAGAAAGAAAGAGAUUCUGUUAUUGUCAAGUUGGAUGACUGUGAGGUUCGUGGUAUUGUACACGUUGGGCAUUUAGCGGACGGGCUACCCGAUGUUGCUAGAAGCCAAUUAAAGAAACUAAAAAUUGGUGAAAAGAUCGAAGCACUUGUGUUAGUGUUAGAUAAGAGGCAUAGAGCAGUCACCUUAUCAUGCAAGCCUUCUUUACUGUCAGACGCCAAGGCAGGCUCGCUACCAACCGAGUUCACUGAUAUUUCAAUAAGUGAUAAAGUAUUACACGGUUAUGUCAAGACUGUUAUUCCUACAGGUGUUUUUGUUUCAUUUGGUAACAACUUAACUGGUUUGGUAAUUCCAAGAUUUGCUUCCGGAAAAAAAAUCAAUGAUUUGACUGCAGCUUUUACUCCAGACCAAUCGGUAAACUGCUCAGUUGUUAACGUUGACCAAAAUAGCCAAAGAUUCUUACUUUCCUUGCUUGUUGGAAGUAAUGAUUCAAAGGAGAAUAUCAUUAAUCCAGUUGACAAAUCAGUCAAGAAAUUGGGCGAUUAUUCAGUUGGAAAAGUCACUAAAUGCAUCAUCAAGUCUAUUGAAAACACACACUUGCUAGUGAAGCUGGCUGACAACCAGGAAGGUAUCGUUGAUAUCACCCAAACUUUUGAUGACAUCAAGAGAGUAGAAAACUUAGCAGAACCUCUCUCUUCAUUCACGGUUGGCAAAAAGUUAGAAGCCAGAGUUAUUGGUUAUUUUGACGUUGAAAAGCAAAAGUUCCUUCAUUCCAAAAAAGAUAAAAGUAACUUAAUCGAGCUAUCUAUUAGACCAAGCGUACUUAAAUCAAAGGAAGUUGUUUAUCCAUUAUCAUUUCAUGAUAUUAAGGAGGGCCAGUCUGUUACUGGAUAUAUAUCCAGUAUAAACAAUGGAUAUUUCUGGUACCACAUAUCAGCUUCUCAAAAAGCAAAAUUGUCAUUCAUUGACGUAACUGACGAUGUUUCUAAGUUCGAAAAUUUCAAAGAGAAUUAUAAAGUCGGUGCUGUUGUUCCUGCGAAGGUGACUAAUAUCAAUACAGAGCAUUACGCUAUUACCGUUUCUGGUCGCUUUAAUAACGUUGUAUCUGGCAAGGAUAUCAAAGUUGGUGAUGUUUUGCCAUCUCUUGUGUUAAAUGUCAGGGGAAAUUCUGUUUUGGUUUCUUUGGGUAAUAACGUCACUGCUGUUUCUAUGGCCACCGAUGCACUAGACGACUAUACUUUGCACCUAGAAGAUGUGUACCAUAUUGGUGAUUUACCUGUUGCCACUGUUGUUUCUACUGAAGGCAAAAUCUAUGUUUCUCUAAGGGGAAAGAAUCCAAAGGACAAAUUGAUUAAUUCUAUUGCUGAUAUUAAGCGUGGUGAUGUCGUCAGGGGUUACAUCAACAAAAUUAACAACACUGGUUUAUUUGUUGACUUGGGUAGAUCCGUUUAUGCUUUGGUUAAGGUGUCAGAUAUUUCUGACUCCUUCAUUAAAGAUUGGAAGAAAGACUUCCAUAUUAACCAACCUGUAAGGGGCCGUAUACUUGAAGCGGAUAGCGAGGGUAGAGUUUUAAUGACAUUGAAAGAUUCCGUUGUCAAUGGCGAAAUUUCCAACUUGAAGUCAUUCAAAGAUUUGAAAGUUGGUGAUAUAUUUGAGGGAUCAAUCAAGAAGGUUGAGGAAUACGGUGUUUUUGUUAAAUUAGAUGGAACUGAGAACAUUUCGGGUCUAUGUCAUCGUUCUGAAAUCACGGACUCGCCAAUCAAAGAUGCACAGGAGAUCUUCAAAGCUGGAGAACGUGUCAAAGUUAAAAUCUUGGAUAUCAAUUCAAACAAAAGACAACUAUCCUUAGGUAUGAAGGCUUCGUAUUUCAAAAAUGCAGAUUCCGAUAUCGACGAAGAUGGUGAUGUCAUAAUGGAGAAAGCUUCUGAUAACGAAGACUCAGAUGACGAAGAAAUGAUUGAUGCUGAUAGUGUGUCUUCUGAUAGUGAGGAAGAUUCUCAUUUGCAAUCAGAUGAAGAAGAAAAAGAAGAAGUCGCUAAAGAUUCACCUAAUGGUUUAUCCGCUGGUUUUGACUGGACUGCCUCUAUUUUAGAACAAGCUAAGGAAGAAGAAUCAUCCGAUGAAGAAGAAGAUUUUAAUAACGAAGUCAACAGGAAAGCAAAGAAACAAUCCAAAAAGUCAAAGAGCGAAGAAACUGAAGAUAAAACAGGUGACCUCAACACUAGGGCACCUCAAUCUGUUUCUGAUUUCGAACGUUUGUUAGUUGGUAAUCCAGAUUCUUCUAUCCUAUGGAUUCAAUAUAUGUCUUUCCAGCUGCAAUUGAGUGAGAUUGAGAAAGCCAGAGAAAUCGCAGAAAGAGCUUUAAAGACCAUCAACUUCAGAGAAGAGCAGCAAAAAAUGAACAUUUGGAUUGCACUAUUGAAUUUGGAAAAUUCUUUUGGGGAUGACGAAUCUUUGAAAGAUGUUUUCAAAAGAGCUUGUCAAUACAUGGACUCGUUUACUAUGCACCAAAAACUUGCUACUAUAUACAUUGCUUCUGAGAAAUAUCGUAAGGCAGAUGAGCUACUUGCUGUUUUGUGCAAGAAGUUUGGUUCCAAGCAACCUUCAGCCUGGGUUACGUAUGGCUCCUUUUUGAUUGACAGAAGGCAAAACGAAGAAGCGCAUAAGAUUCUAGCAAAGGCUCUACAAAUACUACCAAAGAGAGAGCAUGUCGAUGUUGUCAGAAAAUUUGCACAACUUGAAUUCCAAAAGGGGGAUCCAGAACAAGGACGUUCUUUGUUUGAAGGAUUACUUUCCGAUGUUCCGAAAAGAAUUGACAUUUGGAAUGUCUACAUUGAUCAGGAAAUCAAGGCCAACGAGAAAUCUAAGGUUGAUGAUUUGUUUGAAAGAGUUGUUGAAAGAAAAUUGAGUAGAAAACAGGCCAAGUUUUUCUUUGCCAAGUGGUUAAGUUUUGAAGAAAGUCAGAACGAUGAGAAGGCACAGGAUUAUGUCAAGGCUAAGGCAGCAGAGUAUGCUCAAAAGCUUUCCAAAUAA